AUGGCUGACCUCGAAAGAUCCGAAACCAAGAAAGAAGAUAUCCAGACAGAUACUCUGGAUGCCAACAAGGGCGAAGCAUAUAACGAUCAUGUCACGGCCUUUGCCGGUUUAUCACGGAUCCAGGCUAUGCGCAAGUUCUGGAGAGCUUGUCUGUUUUGCUUCAUCACCGCAUUUGGUGUCAUCAUGGACGGAUAUCAGACGUCAUUGCCAGGGAGUGUGCUUGCCAAUGCUGGGUUUAUUAAGCAAUUCGGAACCAUCGUCAACCCUACAACCGGGAAGAUAAGUGUAAACGCCAAGUAUAUCUCUAUGUGGAGUGGUCUGGCAUAUCUCUGUCAAUUUAUCGGUAAUUGGUUGGGCGGAUUCAUCAGUGAUCGAUUUGGACGAAGAUUCACUCUUUACGCGCUUACCGUUGUGUUUAUUGGCGGUGUUAUCACCGAGAUUGUAGCGAGAAACUAUAGAGAUUGGCUCGCCGCCAAAAUGCUCAUGGGUCUCGGUCAAGGUCUUAUCCAACAAGGUGUCCUUACCUACAUUUCUGAGAUUGCGCCCACUCAACUUCGGGGUGCACUGAUGAGCACCUACGGCUGGUCUUACGCUUUAGGUCAACUCUUUGUUUCUAUCGCUCUCAAUGCCUUGAACAAGACGGACCCAACCAACUACCUCAAAGCUAUUUACUCUGAAUUUGUAUUUUUGGGUCUUUGGAUCAUCGCACUUCCUUUCCUUCCUGAAACACCAUGGUAUUACGCCAGAAAAGAAGACGAGGUCAAUGCCAAAAAGGUCAUGUCCCGGAUCUACAAAGGCGUGGAAGGUUACGAUACCGAGAGAGAGUACAACGCCAUGUUGCUCGAGAUCCAGGAAGAAAAGGAGAAGAGCCAUUCAAACUCUCAAGUAGCCCUCAAAGACAUUUUCAUGGGUCCCCAUCUCAGACGAAGUUUCGCUUCCGUCUUUGCUUUAGUAAUGCAGAAUUGGUCAGGAUCUCCAAUUAUCUUCAACUACACCACUUAUUUCCUUCAACAAGCUGGUCUCCCUGAACCGUUCCAAGCCUCUGUAAUCAUCUACUGUAUCCUGAUCUUUUCUUUGAUGGUCUCUUUCUAUGGUAUUGAAAGGCUCGGAAGAAGAACCUUGAUUCUCACAGGUGGUUUGGCUUGUACAGUCUUCAACGUGGCCAUUGCAGGUUUAGGUUUCGCCAAGAAAUCAGACGCCACUGAUAGCGCUACUCUCGCUUUCAUCUGUCUUUGGGUUUUCAUGUACGCUUUUGGAUUCGCCGGAACAGGAUGGACGUGUGCUGCCGAGAUUGCCACACCCAGAUUGAGAGCAAAGACAACAGCUUUUGCAGCUAGUACCAAUGCUAUAUCCGGUGCCAUCUUCAAUAGUACCGUUCCUUUGAUGAUUUCCGCCACUUCAAGGAAUUGGGGUGUGAAAACACUUUUCAUGUUCGCUAUUUUAGGUGGAUUCGGUACUGUCAUCAACUUCUUCAUGCUUCCCGAGACCAAGGGAAGGACUUUCGCCGAGAUGGAUGAGAUGUACGAUCUCAAAAUCGCACCAAGAAAGAUGAAAUCGCAUGUCACUUCCCUCGAACAAUCUGGUCUUAAGAACCAUUGA